AUGAAGGUGCUUAAGAAUGGUGGCGUUGUGUGUAGUGAUGCAGACGGUCCAAUAUAUACGAUGAGGGCCAUUUUCCCGGCGGUCAGCUGUUUCUUCUCCUACGUCAAUGCAUGGAUGAUACUCUGUCUGAAUGACGAUAUAAGACGGAAAGUGCUAUCACUCAUCGGGUUCCGUAACAGAAAAAUACCAGUUCUUCGGCUAAUGUCGAUGUCGACUUCGGUGAAGACAAUCGCCAUCCCUACACUAUCGCGGAAAACAUGA